AUGUCAUUCACAAAUCUGUAUUACAAGAGGACAGCUGGCACUGCUAAAGCUUGUUAUGUCUGCUCAAGACCAACAACGAUAGUACUUGCGACUAUCAAUACGACUGACUUCGUUUAUACUUGUCCUGGACAUCUCUCCGACCAGGGGUUUGCGAGCCUAGUUCGCGACAGUCUGUCACCAAGUACCACUUUGACACCCGAGGAGAUCAAGAAAGUGAAGGAAGAAUGGGAAGAAAAGCAGAAGAAGAAAGCGGAAAAGGAGAAGCAGAAAGAAAAGGAGGAGAAAGACAAGACCGAUGACGAUACGACAAAGCCGGUUGCGCCGUCUCGUCUUGGUCCAGCACCGUCAACGCCAACACAUGAGCGAUACGUUCUUCACCGAGACUUUUUUGCGAUGCGGCAGUCUGAGCAUCGCAAACGCAGGCAAGUGAGUCAGGCCAAGGAACUUGCACCUCGGCUUCCUGGUGCACCACAGGAUGAUAUUAAAUAUUAA